GAACAUUCCAUCACCAGGGUAACAUGCCAGUAAACUGAUCCACACCAGUGAACUUCAGAGAGGCUUUGGGUUACUGUGUGUUAAGGUGCACUGGCAGCUCAUAAUAUUUUUUCACUUUUUGGGGAGCAGGAAAACAAGAAAUACUUAAAAAUUGGUAUGUUAGAAAAAUGGCAUCUAUAAACAGAGCCAGUGAAAUAAUUGAAAAACUUAGAGCAAACAGACAGCUUCGUUUGGAGGAAAUAAACCAAAAGCGUGAUUCCAACUGCCUGGUGGAAAGAAGCAAUCAGGUCAGCUUACUGAGAGUUCAGAAGAGGCACUUCAGUCAUGCCUACCAGUCCUUGCGAGAUGCCAAGGUUAAGGACCCUGCUCCCGACAGUAGCAGGGACUCCUGGAUCAGCCCCAGCCCGAGUCAGCUGGUUCACAAGCAGAAAAAACACUUCCCCCCCAAACAUAAUGCUAUAUUUGGAUAAACUGCAUUUCCAGAGAUACACAGAAUUACAAUUUCUUUGGCUUUUCUCCAGUGUCUAUCUAAAUUAUUUUAAAAUGUUAAUUAGAAAAGAAGCUAAAUAAAAUAAUUCACUAGCUCAUCAA